UUUUUCCCUACUUCGCCCACGUGACGUCACUCCCACAAUGCAGCUGGUAGCUGUCAGUGGAGUAAGAUGGCGGAGGGCGGAGUGGUGGAUCUGGAGACUCAGCGAUCCGAAGUGUCAGCCCUGCUGAAAACCCCUCUCCGAAGAGGAGACACCUGGUACCUGAUUGAUAGUCGUUGGUUUAAGCAGUGGAAAAAGUAUGCAGGGUUUGACAGCUGGGACAAAUACCAGAUGGGAGAUCAGAAUGUGUAUCCAGGCCCCAUUGAUAACGCUGGACUCCUCAAAGAUACUGAAACGCAGUCUCUUAAGGAGCAUCUUAUCGAUGAGCUUGACUACAUUUUGUUGCCCACUGAAGGGUGGAACAAGCUUGUUAGCUGGUAUUCUGUGGUAGAAAGCCAGCAGCCUAUAUCACGCAAGGUGGUUGAACAGGGUAUGUUUGUUAAGCACUGCAAAGUAGAAGUUUAUUUAACAGAAUUAAAACUUUGUGAAAAUGGAAAUAUGAACAACGUUGUCAUAAGACGAUUCAGCAAAGCAGAUACAAUCGACAUGAUUGAAAAAGAAAUGAGAACAAUCUUCAGUAUUCCAGAUGAAAAAGAGACCAGACUGUGGAAUAAAUACAUGAGCAAUACAUUUGAACCUUUGAAUAAACCUGAAAGCACUAUACAGGAUGCUGGCCUAUAUCAAGGACAGAUGCUAGUUAUUGAACAGAAAAAUCAGGAAGGACAGUGGCCGAGAGGAUCUGUGCCGAAGUCCUCAGAUAUACCAAAUUUUUCAACUUUACCAAAGAUUUCUCCUUCAUCUCUCUCAAAUAAUUAUAACAACUUCAACAGCAGAAUUGGGAAAAAUUCAAACUAUUGCCUGCCUUCAUAUGCUGCCUACAAGAAUUACGAGUACUCUGAGCCAGGAAGACACAAUGAACAACCUGGACUCUGUGGUCUUAGCAACUUAGGGAACACUUGUUUCAUGAAUUCUGCAAUUCAGUGUUUGAGCAAUACCCCUCCACUUACUGAAUACUUCCUUAAUGACAAGUAUCAAGAUGAAUUAAACAUGGAUAACCCAUUGGGAAUGCGAGGUGAAAUAGCCAAAUCCUAUGCAGAGCUCAUCAAACAAAUGUGGUCAGGAAAAUACAGCUAUGUAACACCAAGAGCAUUUAAGACUCAGGUGGGGCGUUUUGCUCCACAGUUUUCUGGUUAUCAGCAACAAGAUUGCCAGGAAUUGCUUGCAUUUUUAUUAGAUGGCUUACAUGAAGACUUGAACCGAAUUCGAAAGAAGCCUUACAUACAAUUAAAAGAUGCAGAUGGAAGGCCAGACAAGGUAGUUGCUGAAGAAGCCUGGGAGAACCAUAUAAAAAGGAAUGACUCAAUAAUUGUUGAUAUAUUUCAUGGGUUAUUUAAGUCCACCUUAGUUUGUCCUGAAUGUUCUAAAAUUUCUGUAACAUUUGAUCCUUUUUGUUACCUUACACUUCCACUGCCUAUGAAAAAAGAACGUGCAUUAGAAGUUUAUUUAGUCAGAAUGGAUCCACUCGCCAAACCUAUGCAGUAUAAAGUCAUUGUUCCAAAAAUUGGAAACAUAAUGGACCUUUGCACAGCUCUUUCCUCAUUGUCUGGCGUUGCUCCAGAAAAGAUGGUAGUCACUGACAUCUACAAUCACAGAUUUCACAGGAUAUUUGCAGUGGAUGAAAACUUAAGUAGUAUUAUGGAACGUGAUGACAUUUAUGUAUUUGAAACAUCCAUCAAUAGAACAGAAGAUACAGAACAGGUUAUAAUUCCUGUUUAUUUACGUGAAAAGUUUCGUCAUACAAGUUACAGUCAUCAUCAUGGUUCUACUUUAUUUGGACAACCAUUUCUAAUUACUGUGCCUAGAAAUAUUGCUGAGGAUAAAUUGUAUAACCUGCUUUUGUUAAGAAUGUGCCGAUAUGUAAAAGCCACAAAUGACACUGAAGAAAAUGAAGGCUCUUUGCACUGCAAUAAAGAACAUACAGUCAAUGGAAAUGGCCCAAAUGGUAUCCAUGAAGAAGGUUCACCAAGUGAAAUGGAAACCGAUGAACCAGAUGAUGAGUCUAGUCAGGAUCAAGAGCUUCCUUCAGAAAAUGAAAAUAGCCAAUCUGAAGACUCCGUUGGAGGAGAUAAUGACUCAGAAAAUGGAUUGUGCACUGAGGAUACUUGCAAAGGACAAUCAGUAACAGGGCAAAAAAAACGCUUGUUUACAUUCCAGUUUUCUAGUUUGGGCAGUACUGACAUUACCUAUAUAAAAGAUGACACAAAAUAUAUUCGAUUUGAUGAAAGGCAACUCAGGUUGGAUGAAAGAUCUUACCUUGCCUUAGACUGGGAUCCCAAGCUAAAGAAAAAAUUCUUUGAUGAGAAUGCAGCAGAGGAUUUUGAAAAACAUGAAAGUGUGGAUUUUAUUCCACAGAAAAAAGCAUUUAUGAAAUUAAAAGAUUGCAUUGAACUGUUCACGACUAAGGAAAAAUUGGGGGCUGAGGAUCCAUGGUACUGUCCUAACUGCAAAGAACAUCAGCAAGCAACCAAAAAAUUAGAUCUCUGGUCCUUGCCCCCAGUCCUUGUGGUACAUUUGAAACGUUUCUCUUACAGUAGAUACAUGAGAGAUAAACUGGACACUCUGGUUGAUUUUCCUAUAAGUGACCUUGAUAUGUCCAAAUUUCUUAUUAAUCCAAAUGCGGGUCCUUGCUGUUAUAAUUUAAUUGCUGUGUCAAACCACUACGGAGGAAUGGGUGGCGGACAUUAUACAGCUUUUGCUAAAAAUAAAGAUGAUGGAAAAUGGUAUUAUUUUGAUGACAGUAGUGUUUCAACUGCAUCCGAAGAACAGAUAGUGUCAAAAGCAGCAUAUGUGCUCUUCUAUCAAAGGCAAGAUACUAUCACUGGAACAUGUUUAUUCCCCCUGGACAAAGAAGUUAAGCAAGGUGCUUCUGCUGCCACGGGAGCCCCGCAAGAGAGUGACGAAGAAUCGAAUGAAGAUGAAAACGACAUAGAGAAUGAAAAUUACCUAGAAAAGCUGGAUCAGUGAGCCAAGGUUAAUGUUAAAACAUCUCUGGAAUCAGUGCAAACUACUAAACAGCUGUAUAAAUGAUAUUGAGGAAAAUAGCAAAGGUGUUUUAGCCUUUUGGUGAUAUUGGUUUGAUUGUCUUGGUGAUUCUACUUAACGAUGCAUAUUUCAUUUGGCCUUCAUGAUGCUGUGUCAGAGCAAGUUGCAAAUGAAUGUAAAUGUCCCUUGUUGACUUCCUGUUAUAUUUAUUAAAAUUGGUGCAUACAUAUGAACUUCUGUAAGUCAAUUUUGUGUUGUAAAUUUUAUGAAUAUUGAAUAACUGAGUUGGUCGGCGCAUCGCUCUCUCCCGACACCACUGUAAAUGUAAUGUUUAUAAAAUGACACUCUGUGUCAGUGACAAUUACUGCGGAUUAAUCUCAAAUGAUGUUAUUUUAUUUCACUUUGAUUUUUCUUCCCCCCUCUUUAAAUGUUUGACUUUUCUGCAAGUUAGGUCUGUGGAAUUCCUUUCAGUGUGUGCUCCUCUUUAUAAGUCACCAUGGCCUUACAACUCAUCUCAAAGAAUAUAUUGCUAUGAAAUAGGACAACCAGCAUUUGCAUGUUCAAGCAUCAGAACUUGUAAUGUGUAUAUCGCAUACAAGCCUUUCAUUUUAUGUUGGCUAACUGCAUUCAAGGGUCCAGGAUGCCAAAAAAAAAAAUAUCAGAACCAUCAAACAUUUUGCAAAACCAACUUGUUCAUUUUGCUGCUUUAACCCUGUGAUUAUGUUUGAAGAAUGUACUGUUGUUUUGUAUACUGCCUUUAACAGGAACAUUUUGGGACAUGCUUUACAUAUCGACUACCUGAAGAGUUUCUUUCCUGUCCCUUUGUUUAAAGAAAGACAUAUGAUGAUCUUCACUUGAACUAGUGUAAUAAAAUACAAUAGGUUUUAAAUUGUGUAUUGUAAAUAAGAAGUCCACUCUGUGAGUGCACAUUUUGGUAAAUUAUUUUAUUUAUACAUUGGCAUUAAGAAUAUAAAUAAAUGCAUUUGACCAGGAGAAAUGAGAUAUGGUGUUGCUUUCUAGCAGUGUAUUAAAGCUGAUGUGUUGAGAUGUCUGUCCUGCCCCCUCCGGCAUCUUUAGAACUACAACUCCUAGUAUCCCAUGAUAGCCAAAGCCUGUUACAGUAUGGUGAGAGCUAUAGUUCAGUGUCUGGAGGUAGGCAAGCCGGACAUCUCUGUCUUAUAUCCUGGUAUUUUAAGCUGCUUUGAUUUUUGUUUUAUGUAUAAGGUUAUCCUUCUGCAUGAUGGAGGUAACAGGUUUGUCUGCACUUUAAGUUCACUUCCGUUUACAUUUAAAUUGUGCAUGAUUAUUUAUAUAAAUUUCAAUAAAGUUGUUGAAGGCUUAA